ACCAAAUGGGAUCACAAUUACUCCGACCUCACCAACGAAUCCGGUUGCAGCCGAAUACAGUCCAGUCUCUGAAUUGGUGGACAAAAGUUGGAAACCUUCGACACCCAGUAUCUUUGAGUCAGCCACAAGGGAUAGUGCUAACCACAGAUGCCAGCAAGUGGGGCUGGGGGGCCCACACACUGGGGUUCGAGGUUCAGGGCAGGUGGGAUCCAUCGGAAGUCCCCAAAUCUUCCAAUUGGAAGGAGUUGAAGGCAGUGUUCCUAGGGCUGUUAACUUUCGAGAGUCACCUCCUAAACAACUUAAACUAAGCAUUUCCACCCUGAGGGGUCAGGUGACAGCCAUUUCCCAUUUCUCUAAAGUGGCAUGGUCUCAAAAUACUCUGGUUAAGAAAUUUUUCCAAGGAGCCAAAAAACUUGCGCCUGUCAUUAGACCUCAGAUCCCUCCAUGGGAUCUAGGUCUGGUCUUGAACGCGCUCACCAGAGAACCUUUUGAACCCAUAGAGGACAUUCCAUUAAAGAUGUUAAACUUGAAAAUGUGUUUCUUAUUGGCAAUUACCUCUGCAAGAAGAGUCGGGGAACUCCAAGCUCUUUCUAUCCAGGAAGGGAAACUUACCUUUCUGCAGGAUAAGGUGGUCCUCAAAACAGCAGAUAGGUUCAUCCCCAAGGUGGUGUCUGAAUUCCAUACCACACAAGACAUUAUUCUUCCCACUUUUUUCCCUGAUCCAAAAUCCGACUCAGAGCAUCAAUGGCACAAGCUGGAUGUUGUUAGAUGUCUGAAAACCUACCUGGACAGAGUUCGGCCAAUAAGAUCUUCGGAUGUUAAAAUCCAGCACAGUACCCUCGACUAUUAAGGCACAUUCAACCAGAGGGAUGGCGACAUCCUGGGCUUUCCAUGCAGGUGUCACUUCAGAAGAAAUCUGCAAAGCUGCAGUGUGGUCCUCCUUUCAUACAUUUCUCAACCAUUACAAAUUCGAUGUUUUUGUUAACAAACCAGUUGCUUUCGGCACUACGGUGCUGAGUUCUGUACUAAAUUCUGUCUAAAAUCUAACUUCUCCCUCCCUCGUUUAUGUUGGGUUCUUUGGUAUAUCCCAUUGUGGCCCACUGCCAUGUGUAAGGAACAGGAAUAGGGAAAAUCAUAUCAUACUUACCGAGAUUUUCCUUUCCUGGACUGGAACAUGGCAGUGGGCACGGCUUCCCACCCUCUAUUGGGGGAGACUCCAGGAGUUCAAAGAUGGCGGCCAGGGGGCGGAAGCAGGGUUUUUAUGUUGUAUUUCCUGUCACAUUGCAUGGUGGGAGGGAUUAACCCAUUGUGGCCUACUGCCAUGUUCCAGUCCAGGAAAGGAAAAUCUCGGUAAGUAUGAUAUGAUUUUCCCUAAUACCAACUCUUUCUUAUUCGUUUGGCUGCACAUUUUGGCAUAUAAAAAUUCUGACGUAACCACCAAUGAUUACUGCCUUUUGGCAUUGGACUUGAUUACUAGAACACAUGAAAAAACUACAGCACUGCCUCUAAUAUGCUUUAAAUCACUUUUACUCUCAUAGCAUGAUCAGAGCAAAAUUUUUGAACACUACAAGUUCUUUACCAAGCAAAUGCCAGAUUUUCUUCAUAUGUGUAUCAAAAUUUUGAAUUGAAAAUCAUUCUAUGUUUUCUGUAAUUUGUGUAAAAUGACAAUAAGAUUUCCAGACACCUGUAGCCUAAAUUGUUAUUUUAGCAGGGGUGUAAUUGUGUGAGCUCUGGUUGGACCUAAUAAUCAACCGAGGGUGAAAACUGCUGAUCCAAUUAACACUCAGUCAAGCAUCUUGCUAUAGGCAGAACUAUUACUUUUCCUUUUUGCAGAGUUAACUUGGAAAGUUGCUAACAGUGACAUUAGUCUCUGUGUUUCCUUUAUUCUACCUAUCCAGUUUUUGUGUGCUGUCCAUCACAGGACUAUUGUGUUAAGACAUCUAGUGGUCAUUUGCGUAACUGCAGUUUAGCUCCUCUCAUAAGGAACCAUGAAGUGUCUUACACUUGUUAAUAAAGUUUGUUAAUAAAGUUUCACCCUCAGGCUGCAGGAGCCAUCUUACCUCUCAGGAGUGUUCUAGGAAGUUCAUCUGUCUUCCCUCCAUACAUAUAUGCUUUUUUACAAAAUAAACAACUCCACAUGGAAGUAUAUUCAGUUUUACCUAAAGAACACAACCUCCUUCUGUCGAGUUAUGUUCGCUAGCUGUCAGCUAAUCGUUAGUAGGACAGCAUAGUAAAAAAGCAUACGUAUACGUAACAGGCGAAGAUAAAGAGCUGCAUUUGAAUUCAUACAUCAUGAAUCCAGAUAAGAGUAUGGACAUCUCGCAACAAACUUAUGAGACCAGGUCCCACGUGUCUGGCUCCAGAUAUUCAGGACACUCCAGCAGAUCGUCUGCAAGCUCUGCAGGCCUCAGAGCAAGAGCAAAAGCUGAAGCAGCACGCGCAGCGCUCUCAUAUGUCGAAAAAGAAGCCGAUAUGAUCAGACAGAAAGCGGAGUUAGAGGCUAAUAUGCAUAUACUGCAGAUUCAAAAGGCAGCAGUAUCAGCAUCGGCAGAGGCUGCAGUAUACGAGACUGCUUUCGGCUUGGAAGGAGAUCAGCUCCACGAUGUUCCAGAAGUAGCAAUUCAUGAUCCAGUACAGAGAACUCAGGAAUAUGUACAGAAACACACUUUGGACCAAGUCAAAACAGAGUAUCCUUCUAUUGAACCCAUCUCCAGCACAGUUCCACAGUUCCAUAACUCAACAUAUAAGCAGCCUGUUCCAGAUACAUCUGAGGCGCCCCCUGCUGCUCAUGAUGAUUCAAAAAAUGUUCCAGCUUCAAAGGUGCGCGUUCAAGAAAACAUGGACUAUGCUAAUCCUCAGUAUCCAUCAAGUGACCCGGGUUAUCAUACUCCCUCUGUGAGAAAUGUCCCCUUAGGAUCAUCAGAGUCAAAUGAUCUAGCGAAAUACCUAAUUCGUCGAGAAUUAGUAAGCACAGGCCUCUUAACAUUUGACGAUCGUCCAGAGAACUAUUGGGCAUGGAAGACAUCAUUCCAAGGUAUCACCAGAGAUCUCAACCUCACAGCCAGAGAAGAGCUAGAUUUGCUGACAAAGUGGCUUGGGCCAGAUUCAUCUCGGCAGGCUCAAAGAAUCAGGUCGGUGCACGUUCAUAACCCUUCAGCUGGGGUUAGGAUGGUGUGGCAGAGACUAGAAGACUGUUACGGCAGCCCUGAAGUAAUUGAAAAUGCCCUAAUGAAAAAACUGGACGAUUUCCCUAAAAUGUCUAACAAAGACAAUCUAAAGUUGAGAGAACUUGGCGACAUAUUGUUGGAGGUGAAUGCAGCUAAAACAGAAGGCUACUUACCAGGACUGGCAUACCUAGAUACAACUCGUGGGGUUAAAUCGAUCAUUGAAAAGCUUCCAUAUAGUCUGCAAGAUAAGUGGAUUUCUCAAGGUUCUAGGUACAAAGAAGUUAAUCACGUUCCCUUCCCACCAUUCAGUUUCUUCACCAACUUUAUUGUCAACCAAGCAAAAAUCAGAAACGACCCAAGCUUCAUAUUCUCAACGUACAGCAACCAGAUGCCAGCACACACAGAGAAGACAGGAGCUAAGUAUGGUAACAGACCUUCCGUGUCGGUCAGAAGGACAGAGGUGUUAGCCACGGAUUCAGCUGUGCAGAUUACUAACUCUGAAAAGAAAUCUUUGGACCCAGAUAGUCCAUGCCCGAUCCAUAGAAAACCUCACCCACUGUCAAAGUGCCGUGGAUUCAGGAGCAAGCAUAUCGACGAACGUAAAGCUUAUUUGAAAGAAAAUAAUAUCUGCUUUAAAUGUUGUGCAUCCACCAAACAUUUUGCUAAAGACUGCAAGGCCAAUAUAAAAUGUAGUGAGUGCAAAAGUGACCAGCAUAUCUCAGCACUGCACCCGGGCCCAGCUCCUUGGACAUCAGAGACUAUUGUAACCGUCAAAGAGCAUGGCGGGGAGGACAAUGAACCUAUUUCAUCCACAGUUGUAUCCAAAUGUACAGAGGUAUGUGCAGAAGGGACAAGGCCCAGAUCCUGCUCCAAGAUUUGUUUAGUAACUGUAUAUCCCUCUAACAAACCUGACUGUUCUGUAAACAUGUAUGCAGUAUUAGAUGAUCAAAGUAACCGUUCAUUAGCUAAAUCUGAAUUCUUUACUGUGUUUAACAUUAGUGGUGAAGCAUUUUCCUACACUCUAAAAACGUGCUCAGGUACUAUGGUGAAAACAGGGCGUAGGGUAUCUAAUUUUACUAUUCAGUCUAUAGACGGGAAAUCACAGUUAGAACUUCCCACUCUCAUCGAGUGUGACAUGUUACCUGAUGACAGGUCAGAAAUACCAACACCUGAGAUUACACAGCAUUUUCCUCAUUUGGAAUCAUUAGCAGACAAAAUUCCUGCACUUGACCCUAAUGCUCAAAUACUCCUCUUGUUAGGAAGGGAUAUCCUGAGGGUUCACAAAGUACGUGAACAAGUCAAUGGACCCCAUAACGCCCCCUAUGCACAGCGUUUAGAUUUGGGUUGGGUCAUAGUUGGAGAAGUAUGUUUAGGAGGAACUCAUCCAUCAAUGGGUGUGAACUCAUUCAAGACAAAUGUACUACCUAGUGGACGCACUUCGCUAUUCAGCCCAUGCUCUAGCUUUAUGCAAAUAAAAGAAAACUUUAAUGCUUGCAAACGGCCUUUCAACCCCGCUCUAUGCUAUGUGAAAACGGCAACUCACAGCAUGGACAGUUUAGACCAUAAUGUGUUUGUUACAACUCCAAAUGAUGAAAAACCUGCUACGUCAAUUGAAGAUAACAUGUUCCUUGACAUAGUUGAAAAAGAGAUGUUUAUCGAUGAAACGAAUCAUUGGGUAGCACCCCUACCAUUUCGUUCACCACGUCUUAGAUUGCCAAACAAUAGAGAGCAAGCUCAGAAGAGACUUCUUGCUUUGCAGCAUUCAUUCAGAAAAAAACCUGAAAUGAAAGAGCAUUUUGUUACUUUUAUGCGAAAGAUCUUUAGCCAGGACCAAGCAGAGCCCGCUCCACCGUUGCAACCAGAUGAGGAAAGUUGGUACUUACCCAUCUUCGGUGUCUAUCACCCUCAAAAACCAGGGCAGAUCAGAGUGGUUUUUGAUUCAAGUUCUCAGUAUCAAGGUAUCUCACUGAAUGACGUACUUCUUAGCGGACCUGAUUUGAAUAAUACAUUGUUGGGUGUACUCAUGCGCUUCCGCAAAGAACAAGUUGCAGUGACUACUGAUGUACAGCAAAUGUUUUAUUGUUUCAUGGUUAGGGAAGACCACCGCAACUACCUGAGGUUCCUUUGGUACCAAGACAAUGACCUUAGCCAGGAAAUUUCAGAGUUCAGAAUGAAAGUACAUGUCUUUGGGAAUAGUCCUUCUCCAGCCAUAGCCACUUACGGACUCAGACAAAUAGCGAAGCGUGGAGAAAGUGAAUAUGGCAAAGACGUAAAACAGUUUAUCUUAAGAAAUUUCUAUGUAGAUGACGGACUUAUUUCUGUGCCUACUGAAGCUGAAGCAAUCAGUCUCUUGCAGAGGGCCAGAGACAUGCUGGCAGAAUCAAAUCUCAAACUGCACAAGGUAGCAUCAAAUAGAAGUGCGGUAAUGGAAGCAUUUCCUGCAGAUGACAGGGCUAAAGAGUUAAAAGACCUUGUUCUAGGUGUUGAUCCUUUGCCCCUUCAACGAAGUCUAGGAGUAAGUUGGAACCUACAGACUGACAGUUUCACCUUUCAAGUGUCCAGGGAAGUAAAGCCAUUCACACGGAGAGGUAUCUUGGCCACAGUGAAUAGUCUUUAUGAUCCACUUGGUUUUGCGACUCCGAUCACUGUACAAGGUAAAGCUUUAGUUAGAGAGCUUUCAGUAGAUCAAUGUGAUUGGGAUACCCCACUCUCUCCAGACAAAGAGACUCAAUGGAGAACGUGGACAGAAGAUUUGAUUCAUCUUGAAGGUUUCAGCAUUCCCAGACCCUAUGUGCCAGUGUCAUUUACAGCUACAAGGCGAAAGGAGGUAUGUGUUUUUUCUGACGCUUCUACUAUGGCAAUAGCAGCUGUAGCAUAUCUCAAGGUUACAGACAGCGAUGGUCAAUGUCAUGUUGGCUUUAUUAUGGGAAAAUCCAAACUAGCUCCUAAACCAGCCCAUACAGUGCCACGUUUAGAGCUAUGUGCGGCAGUUUUGUCAGUUGAGUUAGCAGAACAGAUUGUUGAAGAAAUGGACUUUGAACCUGACGCAGUUGAAUAUUAUACUGACAGUAAAAUUGUACUAGGUUAUAUUCAUAAUACUUCCAGAAGAUUUUAUGUGUAUGUUUCAAACAGAAUCAAUCGCAUCAGAAAAUCCACUAGUCCAGAUCAGUGGCAUUAUGUUACCACUAUUCAAAAUCCAGCAGAUCACGGGACUAGACCAAUUCAAGCAACCCACUUGAAACAUACUAACUGGUUUUCAGGUCCAGAUUUCUUGUAUUAUUCAGUCACAAGUCAUCAACCUGAAGCCAAUACGUUUGACCUCGUAGAACCUGGUUCUGACUGUGAGAUCAGACCCGAAGUGACAGCCUUAGCAACUGAGGUACAUGAACGUCAGUUAGACUCACGUAGAUUUCUCAGAUUUUCAAAUUGGAAAUCUCUUGUGAGAGGUAUAACUACACUUAUUCACAUCAGCAAGUCAUUUUCUUGCAACAAACAGAAAGAUUCAUGUAAGGGCUGGCAUUGCUGUAGAAAGUUAUGCCAUCCCUUAGAUUACUUGCAAGCAGAGACUGUCAUUGUCAAAUGUGUCCAACAAGAGGUGUUUUCAGAAGAGAUUAAGUCUUUGUCAAGGACGAAGAAAGUCACAGAUCAAAGCCUGAUCAAAUGUCUGAAUCCUAUAAUUGACAAAGAGGGACUACUCAGAGUAGGAGGGCGUUUGUCUAAUUCAGACAUGGCCGAGAGUGAGAAACACCCCCUCAUAAUUCCAGCCAGCCAUCAUAUAGCCACCCUCUUAGUCAAACAUUACCAUGAGAAGGUAGCACAUCAAGGUCGUCAUUUUACUGAGGGUGCAUUACGUUCGGCAGGCCUAUGGAUCACAAGAGCUAGAAAACUAGUCUCCAGUAUUGUUCAUAAAUGUGUUAUCUGCAGGAUGUUGAGAGGAAAGGUGCAGGAACAGAAAAUGUCAGAUCUCCCACCAGACAGGCUCGUUGUAGCCCCUCCAUUCUCACAUGUUGGGCUUGAUGUCUUCGGGCCUUGGAACAUGAUGUAUCGCUAUACUAGAGGACAUUCUGCUCAGAGCAAAAGAUGGGCUGUAAUGUUCACUUGUUUAAGUACCAGAGCAGUUCAUUUAGAAGUGCUUGAAUCCAUGUCAUCUUCAAGCUUUAUUAAUGCUUUAAGAAGAUUUUUGUCUAUCCGUGGACCAGUCAAGCAAUUCCGAUCAGAUAAUGGAACAAACUUUGUAGGAGCUUGCAAGGAACUGCAAAUUAACUCAGAAGAUUCUGAGAUCCAAAAUUACCUUUUUGAACAGAGAUGCACUUGGACCUUCAAUGCUCCUCACUCAUCUCAUAUGGGAGGAGUGUGGGAGAGGAUGAUUGGCAUAGCCAGACGUAUUUUAGACUCGAUGUUGGCACAAGGCAAAAAUGUUAGACUGUCACAUGAAGUGCUGAUUACUUUGUUAGCUGAGGUUACGGCCAUAAUGAAUGCUAGACCAUUAGUUAACAUUUCAAUGGACCCUGAGAAACCUGAAGUUCUUACACCAGGAAUGCUUUUGACUCAGAAAGCUUGUCCUAUAUCAGCACCACCUGGUGAGUUCACUUUGAAAGAUCUUUACAAGUGUCAGUGGAAGCAAGUUCAGAACCUUGCUGAUACUUUCUGGAAACGUUGGAAGCAAGAGUAUUUGUCAUCACUUCAAACAAGAAGGAAGUGGAAAGAGGAGAAACCAAAUGUUCAAGAAGGACAUGUUGUCUUGUUGAAAGACCCUCAAGCUAAACGCAAUGAAUGGCCAAUGGGUCUUAUUGUAAAAGCCAUUCCCAGUGGUGAUGGGAAAGUUCGCAAAGUGGAGGUUAAAGUCAUUAACCACGGAGUUGCUAAAGUAUAUCUCCGACCUGUUUCAGAUUUGAUUGUCCUUUUUCAUAGUAAAAAGUUAUCGGAUUGAAUUUACAGUAAUUCUUAGGUAUAUUAUAGUGGCAUAUAUUUACGCCAGGCGGGGAGUGUGCUGUCCAUCACAGGACUAUUGUGUUAAGACAUCUAGUGGUCAUUUGCGUAACUGCAGUUUAGCUCCUCUCAUAAGGAACCAUGAAGUGUCUUACACUUGUUAAUAAAGUUUGUUAAUAAAGUUUCACCCUCAGGCUGCAGGAGCCAUCUUACCUCUCAGGAGUGUUCUAGGAAGUUCAUCUGUCUUCCCUCCAUACAUAUAUGCUUGUAAGUCUGCAUAUUAUUUGUUAGAUUUAUUGUGCAUUGCAUCACUGUAUGUUCAAUGUCAGUAUUAGCUGUUCUUUCUCUGAAAUGUGUUUAUAAAUGCCACAUGCAAUUGCAUAUUGUAAUUUCAGUCUAUUUGAUUGUAUUGCAGUUUUACAAAAUAAACAACUCCACAUGGAAGUAUAUUCAGUUUUACCUAAAGAACACAACCUCCUUCUGUCGAGUUAUGUUCGCUAGCUGUCAGCUAAUCGUUAG